AUGAUGGCGGCGGUGACGGCGGCGGUGACGGCGGCGGCUCGGGUGUGGAUGGGGACGCGGCGGGCCUCAGAGCUCUGGCGGAUGCUGUGGCUGCCGUUGCUGCUGGUGGCGGCGGCGGCGGCGGAGCAGCAGGUGCCGCUGGUGCUGUGGUCCAGCGACCGGGAUUUGUGGUCUCCCGCGGCCGACACGCACGAGGGCCACAUCACCAGCGACUCGCAGCUCUCGACCUACCUAGACCCCGCCCUGGAGCUGGGCCCUCGGAAUGUGCUGCUGUUCCUGCAAGACAAGCUAAGCAUUGAGGAUUUCACGGCAUAUGGCGGUGUGUUUGGAAACAAGCAGGACAGCGCCUUUCCUAACCUGGAGAAUGCUCUGGACCUUGCCCCCUCCUCGCUGGUGCUUCCUGCCGUCGACUGGUAUGCAGUCAGCACUCUGACCACUUACCUGCAGGAGAAGCUUGGGGCCAGCCCCUUGCAUGUGGAUCUGGCGACCCUGCGGGAGCUGAAGCUCAACGCCAGCCUCCCUGCCCUGCUGCUCAUCCGCUUGCCCUACACGGCCAGCUCCGGUCUCAUGGCGCCCCGGGAGGUCCUCACAGGCAACGAUGAGGUCAUCGGGCAGGUGCUGAGCACACUCAAGUCAGAAGAUGUCCCGUACACAGCAGCCCUCACGGCGGUCCGCCCUUCCAGGGUGGCCCGUGAUGUGGCCAUGGUGGCCGGGGGGCUAGGUCGCCAGCUGCUACAAAAACAGCCAGUAUCAGAUGUGACCCACCCCCCUGUGAGUUACAAUGACACCGCCCCCCGGAUCCUGUUCUGGGCCCAAAACUUCUCCGUGGCAUACAAGGACCAGUGGGAGGACCUGACCCCCCUCACAUUUGGGGUGCCGGAGCUCAACCUGACGGGCUCCUUCUGGAAUGACUCCUUUGCCAGGCUCUCGCUGACCUACGAACAACUCUUUGGUACCAGGGUGACAUUCAAGUUUAUUUUGGCCAACCGCUUCUACGCGGUGUCUGCCCGGCACUGGUUUACCAUGGAGCGCCUUGAAAUCCACAGCAAUGGCUCUGUCACCUACUUCAACGCCACCCAGGUCGCAGGGCCUGGCAUCUACUCCUUCCACUGCGAGUAUGUGAGUAGUCUCAGCAGUAAGGGCAGUCUCCUGGUGGCCCGCACGCAGCCCUCACUCUGGCAGAUGACUCUUCAGGACUUCCAGAUCCAGGCCUUCAAUGUGACAGGCGAGCAGUUCUCCUAUGCCAGCGACUGUGCCAGCUUCUUCUCCCCGGGCAUCUGGAUGGGGCUGCUUACGUCCCUGUUCAUGCUCUUCAUCUUCACCUAUGGCCUGCACAUGAUCCUCAGCCUCAAGACCAUGGACCGCUUUGACGACCACAAGGGCCCUGCCAUCUCUCUGACGCAGAUCGUGUGACCCUGCACCGGUGGGGGGUUGAGGGCGUGAUGGUGUCCAGGCUGUGGCUUUCCCACCUUGCGACACACCAGACGGGAGGGCCUCCCCUCUUCCCACCAUAGCAUGAACCCCAAGCUCCCCUCAGCCCGUCGUGCUCCCUCCUCAGCCUGCUAAGGGGCUUCCCUGGGGCCGCCCCGUCUCCACCCACAAGGUGUACAUAUUCUACAUAGACUUAGAGAAACCUCCAGGCGCGUCGUUGUGGGGCAGGGGCAUUAGCUUUAGGGUCCCAUUUCUCCUCCCCUUUUCUCCUUAUUUAUUCUUGUCUCUCCACCUUUACCCCUUGCUGUUGAUUGUGCUUUUGUGUAACAAGUGCUCCCUGCCACAGAGUGAGCUUGAGGUUCCCUGAGCUUGAGGGGUGUGGAAGUAUUACUGAACUGUCUGUUCUGCUUGGCUGUCGUUAUCGUUUCUCGGUGAUGUUGUGCUAACGGUAAACAGUACACCGGGGCUUAUUUCUGUGGCCCGAGAAGGGACACCCACGACACGUGGGCUGGGUGCGAUCCCUGGGUUUCUGACACGUUCCCACCAGGAGUGCCUGGCAGGAGCCUAGGGGGCUCGGUGGUUUCCUUCCUAAUGAAAUAAAGACGGAUCACCAUA